UUUCCUUCUCUUCCCCCUCUCUCUCUCCUAGGGUUUCCCCUCCCAUAACAAGCUCCCUCCCGCAAUAUCAAAAAUUUGGGAGGUUUUCGGAUCCGAAAAUCUGGGCCAAUUGUCAGUGAAAUUAGGGUUUACCAAUUGAAGUAAUUUUCAUGGGGACAGAGAGAAAGAGGAAGGUGAGCUUGUUUGACGUAGUAGACGACAGCGCAGUCAAGCUACUCAAAUCCAACGGCGGUGGUAUUCCGAUGAUGAUGAACAACGGAAUUGCUAAUAUCAAUCGCUGGAAUGGACGGGCAUAUUCUCAGCGAUAUUUUGAUAUUUUGGAGAAGCGGAGGUCUCUUCCUGUUUGGCAGCAGAAGGAGGAGUUCUUGAAGGUUCUUCAUACUAGCCAGACCAUCGUCUUGGUCGGUGAAACUGGUAGUGGUAAAACUACCCAGAUUCCUCAAUUUGUCUUGGAAGCUGUGGAAUUGGAGUCGCCUGAUAAACGGAAGAAGAUGAUGGUUGCCUGUACCCAGCCACGUAGGGUGGCGGCAAUGUCUGUCUCACGUAGAGUUGCAGAGGAAAUGGAUGUAACUCUGGGAGAAGAAGUUGGUUACAGCAUUCGUUUUGAGGACUGUAGUAAUUCUAGAACGGUUUUGAAGUAUCUAACAGAUGGUAUGCUGUUGAGAGAAGCAAUGACAGAUCCGCUCCUGGAGAGGUAUAAAGUUAUAAUUCUUGAUGAGGCUCACGAAAGAACAUUGGCAACAGAUGUGCUAUUUGGGCUUUUGAAAGAAGUGUUGAGAAACAGACCAGACUUGAAGUUGGUUGUUAUGAGUGCUACUCUAGAGGCUGAGAAAUUUCAGGAUUACUUUAAUGGCGCACCUCUUAUGAAAGUUCCUGGAAGGCUGCAUCCUGUUGAAAUUUUCUACACCCAAGAUCCUGAAAGAGACUACCUUGAAGCAGCUAUCCGAACUGUUGUACAAAUACACUUGUGCGAACCCCCUGGUGAUAUACUUGUUUUCCUCACAGGAGAGGAGGAGAUUGAAGAUGCCUGCCGUAAAAUUAAUAAAGAAGUGGGAAAUCUAGGUGACCAAGUUGGCCCUGUGAAAGUUGUUCCGUUGUAUUCUACUCUUCCUCCUGCUAUGCAGCAGAAAAUAUUUGAAUCUGCUCCACCUCCAUCAAAAGAGGGGGGUCCUCUUGGGAGGAAAAUUGUGGUGUCUACUAACAUUGCUGAAACAUCUUUGACCAUUGAUGGUAUAGUUUAUGUGAUUGAUCCGGGAUUUGCUAAACAGAAAGUCUAUAAUCCUCGAGUACGUGUCGAAUCAUUGUUGGUUUCUCCUAUUUCAAAGGCAAGCGCACACCAGAGGGCUGGUCGUGCUGGAAGAACACAGCCUGGUAAAUGCUUUAGGUUAUACACAGAGAAGAGUUUCAAUAAUGAUCUUCAGCCACAGACUUAUCCAGAAAUACUGCGGUCAAAUCUGGCAAAUACUGUACUCACGCUGAAGAAACUGGGUAUUGAUGAUCUGGUACAUUUCGACUUUAUGGACCCACCAGCUCCAGAGACUCUGAUGCGAGCAUUAGAGGUUCUGAACUAUCUUGGUGCUUUGGACGAUGAGGGUAAUUUGACAAGGCUUGGAGAGAUUAUGAGUGAAUUUCCACUGGAUCCUCAGAUGGGAAAGAUGCUUGUUGUGAGUUCCGAGUUCAACUGUUCAAAUGAAAUCCUUUCAAUAUCAGCAAUGCUUUCAGUACCCAAUUGCUUUGUGAGGCCUAGGGAGGCCCAGAAAGCUGCAGAUGAAGCAAAAGCUAGGUUUGGACACAUCGAUGGAGAUCACCUGACGCUGCUGAACGUUUAUCAUGCCUACAAGCAGAAUCAAGAGGACCCGAACUGGUGUUACGAGAAUUUUAUCAAUCAAAGGACGCUGAAAGCUGCAGAUAAUGUGAGGCAGCAACUUGUGCGCAUUAUGGCAAGGUUCAACCUUAAGCUAUGCAGCACUGAUUUCAACAGCAGGGAUUACUAUAUCAACAUACGGAAGGCGAUGCUGGCAGGAUAUUUCAUGCAAGUGGCACAUCUGGAAAAGACAGGACACUAUUUGACAGUGAAAGAUAACCAAGUGGUUCACUUGCAUCCUUCAAAUUGCCUGGAUCAUAAACCAGAGUGGGUUAUAUACAACGAAUACGUGUUGACUAGUCGGAAUUUCAUCCGUACCGUGACUGAUGUUCGUGGAGAAUGGCUUGUUGAUAUUGCAAAUCACUACUACGACCUUGAUAAUUUCCCGAAUUGUGAAGCAAAGCGGGUUCUAGAGAAGCUCUACAAGAACCGUGAUAAGGAUAGGGAAGAAAGUAAGAACAGGAAGUAGGACACAGUGUUGUUAGUUUUACCUCAUUAGCCUUUCUUGUACUACUGCUGGGAGGAUAUUGAGGAGCUUUGAAAAUGCAAGCUUUACUAUUUCAUAAUUUCAUGGUGGUGGGAUUUGUGACAACUCUUGAACGCUGCAGAAAAUAUCAUAUGUUCAGUUCUCCAAUUUCAUUUAGUAAACUAGUAGUGUUUGGCUUGUGUAAUACAGUUACAGUUGCUUUUUUUUUUUUGGCGAGUGACUUUAUAAAUUGAUACUUUUUCUGUCA